AUGACGUCCCCCCAGGACUUCAAAUCCCUCCAGGACAAAGUCCAGGCUGCGCUCGUCUCCACCGUCAAGUCGGUCAAUCGUAUUUCAGCCGAAGACCUGCCCUUCCAGCGCGCUGUUAACCCCAACGUCGGCGAAGACCUCGACGCCAAAACCACGCGCAUCCUCGAACUGUCGACAACUCUCCUUAAGUCCGCUGCCGAUGUUUGCGGUCUCACUGCGCCCGAGCUCGAAGAUGCCGAUGACAUUGACAUGCGCUGGCGGAGUAUUGUGGACAUAGUCGAUUCGGUCCUCGAGAAGGCCGACACGUCCAUCGACGAGUACACCGGAGCUCUGAAGAGGAAGGAUGCGCCUGCUGCUGAUGCCGCUCCCCAGGCUAAAAAGCCCAAGACGACCGGAAAUGUUCUCCGCAGUGCGAAUAUCACGAAACCCCAGCUUCAUUUUACCCAAUCGGUCGACAAUAAUACCCCGUGGAAGCCCAUCAUUACCAAGAAGCCCCACGCCAAGGUCCCGCUCGACCAGAGUCUGGUAACAAGCGAGACGGACGAAGGCUUCGUUCAGUACGACUACCCCAUUUUCUUGCCGUUCAUGUUACCCCGAUCCCGCGACCUCAAACGAGCUGUAAACAAGUCACGCCGAAGGCUGAAAGCGUUGUCUUUGAUCAGUCAUGCUGACGGAAAGUUUAGAUACAAGCAUCCUUACGAAACCGAAAUCCUCGAGGCGAAAUACCCGAACCGUGUCUACGAACAAGCCGAGCCGAUCCCCUGGCAGCCUGUCGAAACCACCGAGGCCAUUUACGUCGAUACCUACGAAGGUGUAUUGGAGAUGUUGGAAGAUCUGAAGAAGGCGAAAGAAAUCGCCGUCGACUUGGAACAUCACGACUUUAGAACAUACGUUGGACUCACGUCGCUCAUGCAGAUCAGCACACGGGAAAAGGACUGGAUCGUUGAUACCCUGAAACCCUGGAGAGAGCAACUUCAGGUCCUUAACGAAGUCUUCGCCGAUCCUAGCAUCAUCAAGGUCUUCCAUGGUGCAUUCAUGGACAUGGUUUGGCUGCAGCGCGAUCUCGGCCUGUACGUGAACGGUCUCUUCGACACCGGCAUGGCAUGCGAAGUGCUGCACUACCCGCAAAAGAGCUUGGCUUUCUUGCUAAAGAAGUUUGUCAACUUUGACGCCGACAAGAAGUACCAGUUAGCCGAUUGGAGAGUGCGUCCCCUGUCUGAGGAAAUGCUCUACUACGCCCGUUCCGACACGCAUUACCUCCUUUACAUUUACGACAAGAUGCGAAACGAGCUUGUCAUGAAAUCAGACCGUGGCAACCCCGGCACCGACUACAUUGAGGCGACCCUCCAGAAGUCCAAGACCCUUUCCCUAAGCCGAUACGGAGGUGAGACCUUCGACCCAAAGACUGGCAAGGGAAGCAAGGGCUGGUACAACACUCUCCUUAGGCACCCCAUGCCCUUUUCGGGCCAGCAAUUUGCUGUUUACAGAGCCAUCUGGGCCUGGAGAGAUGAGGUGGCACGGAGAGAAGACGAGAGCACUCCGUUCGUGAUGCCCAAUGCCAUCAUUGGCGACAUCGCAAAGCACAUGCCUCCUGACGCCAAGGCUCUCCACGCCCUCAUCCCGAACCAUGCCUUUCUCGCAAGACGAAACGUCACCGAAAUAUGGAAACGCUACCAGGAGGCGAGAGAAAGGGGUAUCAACGAGCCGCGGUUGCUCGACUUCUUCAAGUCAGAGCUUCCCAAGGUUGCGGCCAAGCCUUUGGCAGAAGUUGCAAGCGAAGAUGCGGUUGACGCUGCCCUGGAGCCUACCCAGUUGGCCCAGUCUCAGCUGUUCGGCGGCAUGCCCCUUAGUUCUGCCUGGGAAAGAGCGUCGGCCGCGGCCAAUGGCCUAGGCGAGUACGUCAUGCUCCCGUGGCAGAAGUUCGUGCAGAAUGCAAAGACCGUUGAGGCAUCUGCUCAGGAGGACGUGGCUAUGGAGGGAGGCGUCGAGGCCGAGGCCAAGGCGGCCGCUGCUGCUCAACCUGAGGAGCCUGAAGUGGAGGAAGAGUUCACUCUGAAGGCUGGCACUAAGCGCAAGGCUCCGACAGAAGACGCAUCCGAUGUUAGUGACGAGUCGGACUCAGACGAGAGCUCAAUUGACAUUGUCUUGGAGAAGCCAGACUCGGAGAAAUCCGGCAGGAAAGGCAAGCGCGACUCCAACGAACGCAAGGCAAAGGUAGCCUCAAAGAGGGCCGACAAGGUUGCGCGCUACACGGAGGAAUACGAGAAGGCCAAGGCUGAAGUCGAGCGCCUGGCCGAAGAGCUCGCCCACGACCGCGCCGAAACUACGCAAUUGGAGGAGGCGAAGGGCAUUGCCGCGGAGAAGCAAGAAAAGUUGGAGAGAUAUGUAUCGGCGCUCAACAACCGCAAGACAAGGGCCGAGCGCAAGGCGGCCAAGAAGGCCGAGAAGGCCAAGAAGGAAACAGAAAGGGCGGAGAAGGAAGCCAAAAAAGAGGCAAAGCGUGCUGCAAAGAAGGCGAAGAAGGAUGCGAAGAAGGCUGAGGAGGAGGCUGCCGCCGCGGACUCGAGUGACAGCGACGAGGAAGAGACGUUUGACUAUAGCAAGGCCACAUCGGUGCUCCACGCGAACCGGACGGGUAACCGCGGCAAGGCGCACGUUAAACCGACGUUCGACCCGUACGCGAAGACAGGAGAUGACGCGCCCAAGGGAGCGAGAAAGGCUGUGCCCCCGAGAGGCGAGAGGAGUGCCACGUUCAAGAAAUAA